AUGGCCCCGUCACAAGAUGACCGGAAACCGCUGCGGAGUGGCACCCACCUCAAAUGGGCGUCCGUUCUGUUCUCCAUCAUGUCACCUAGAAUGACGUUCGUGACUGACGACAUCAAAAAGAUCAAAAGGAGGCAAUCUUUCUUACAGAUUGCUGGCAUUCUGCUCCUCGUUGCGUUUGUGAUCACGCUCGCUAUGGAUAAGCGGUUGGCCCACUUCCCUGACCUCACCGAUGGGGAAGGGUCUCCAACGACUGGGACCGUUGAUGCCGUGGGUGAGGGCAGCAUCGACGGUGGAGAACGGGGCGGGGGAAGGACCAGGCUGAUGCUGGUGACCGGGACGGACGGCCGGGCGUGCAGCACGACCCGGGGCGCCGAGGUUCUGACACGGUCGCUCAAGAACAAGGUGGACUAUGCUAGGCUGCACGGCAUUCCGCUGUACUACGCCAUGGAGGCUUUCGACGACGCUUUCGACAUCUACUGGGUCAAGCUGCCGCUGCUCAAGAAACUGAUGCAAACCCACCCCACUAUUGAAUGGUUUAUGUGGGUGGACUGCGAUGCCAUCUUCACAGACAUGGCGCGGGUCGUUCCACUGGAUGAGUAUGGCGACUACAACCUGGUGCUUUCCGGGAACGCCACAGCCGUGUUUGAGGAGCCCGACUGGCUGGGCCUGAACACGGGCGGCUUUUUGCUCCGCAACUGUGCGUGGUCGGUGGAUCUGCUGGACGCCACCAUGGCGCUCGGGAACAGGUACACCACGCGGCGGGACACCGGACUGCUGCUCAACAGGGUGCUCCGAGGCAGGGCGGAAGCGAGCGGGGACCACGAGUGGCCCGCUGACGAUCAGACGACGCUUAUCUACCUCUUGGCCACACAGCCGCAUCUGUGGAAAGAAAAGACGUACUUGGACACCACGAAAAUGUACCACAACUGGUGGGUCGAAGUCGCCCAACGGCUGCCGCAGAUCCUCCCGGGCGAGGACGGCGCGCCCGGGCCGUCCAAGUGGCGACCGUUCAUUUCUCACUUCACAGGGUGCAAGUUUUGCAACAUGCAAGACGCCGACGCACACGAGGGCCAGGUUGAGAACUGCUUGACGACCUUUGAUCGGCUGUAUCGUUUUGCCGACGACCAAGUGCUGGAGAACUUUGAGCUCAGGCACAAGAGUGUGGACAACGAAGCAAUCGAAGCAAUUGAGCCGCGUGCAUAA